UUAAAAAUGAUGCACGUGUAGCUGACAUUCUUUGGGAGGGAAGGAUAUAUAUAUAUACACAUAGAAAACAAUUCCAUUUGGCCAUCCACCUGGAUACAGAAUUGCAAAAACUACUUCUCAAGAGUGCAGAUAUUCCUGUUAUCAUGAAUACAUAUUUCAGUCAGAAGGUAUUACUCAGUGAACACUUAGAAACAAGCAAGACACAGGGUCCUACAAAGAUGCUUAUUAGAAAGAAUAUUCUAUCCUUGGCACAGACAUUCAAACUAGAUGACCUUGACAAUAAGCAACCCCUGGAAUCUCCAGAUAAUCAGGUGGCUUGUGCUCCACAAAUCCCUAACAGUUGUGAUCCUAAAAAACAUCCCUUAGCACUGGGUGCAGUUAAUGAUUCUCUGCUUGAAAUGGUGGAAAGCCAAGGAGCAGUGGGAUGGAGAGAAGUACAGGUACGAGUCGUUAUCCAAAGGGUGUACUAUUUGCCUGCAAGAGAAGGUUUCAGAAGCCAGAUUCAAGGAAACAAGCUUAUCUGUGCUACACCCAUCAUAAAUUCAGAUCCACUAAAUGUUAGGUUAUGCCUCCUUGUCCAGGAUGCCUAUGGCAUGUUCAGCGAAGUACAGCUACAGUGUCUGGAUUCUGCAAAAGACCUUGAGCAGUACUGCAAGAGAUGGGAAGGAAAAUUCUGCUGUUUAGCUGGAAUGAAAAUUUUGCAAAGAACUACAAGAGGAAGGUGAGAACAGUUUGAGAAGAAUG